AUGAUGCAUGCACAUCCAGAAAAAGGGAUAAACUACUACAAUUUGAAUAAAGCAAAGGAUUCUAUUUUAUAUGAAUACACAUAUGGAAAUGGAGCAAAACGUAUUAAUUACAUAUUAAAGAAGAGGGAUAGUUUAAGGAAUAGUAAUAAUGUAGGUGCAAAUGGAGUUAGUAAUAAAAAUAAUAGCAACACAAGUACCGAUACUAAUAACACAACACUUAGCAAUUCCAACACAAAUAAUUUUAAUACAACACUAAAUGAUAAAAAGGAUAUUGGAGCUCAUAAUAAGAAAAAAUAUAACCAAAAUAAUACAAAAAAUCGUAAGAAAACAAAUAAAAAUAAUAAGAAAAAAUAUUAUGAUAAUUUAGAUGAUACAAUAUAUGAUAAUCCAAGUAUUAAUGAUAAAAAUAAUGUUAUGAAUAAUAAUAGCAAUCUGGAUAAUAAAGACACCCUAAAAAGAGAUCACACGAAAUACAUAAACACGAAGAAAAGUAAAUUGAUUAACAAUCUUAACUUUUUCAUGCGCAUUUGUUGUAGUAAAAAUUCGUAUAUAAAGAUUAUUAAUCAUUAUUUUAAUAUAAUAUAUUGUAAUGAUUUAAAUAUUUUAUUUAAAUACGAAUGUAUAUUAUAUAAAUUUGUUGAAGAAAAUGAAAGGAAUUUAACAGUCGAUGAUUACUAUAAAGGUUAUAUAAAUUUAAAUAAAAUUCCAAUAUUGAAAAAUGAGAGCAUCUUAUCAAAAGAUAUACAAUUAUAUAUAGAAAAUAAUCAUGAAUGUUUAAAAAAUAAUAAAAAUUUAGAAAGCAAUGUGUUAAAUUUUAUAUGCAUUUACGAAAGUUUAACUAUUAAAUUUUUUAAUCAUUUAUUUACUAAAAUAAACAAUAAUGAAAUGGAUAUAUAUACUUCUGACAUUGAUGCUAUUAUUAAUAAUUUUUUAAAUAAAAAAAAUAUGUUAAAAGAAAAUGUGUUCAAUUUGUUACUAAAUAUAAGUAAGUCUUAUGAAAUUAAAAAUGAUUUUGUUAUAGAUGAUAUAAAAAAUGACGAACAAAUUAAAGAACAAAAUGAAAAAAUUAUUUUCCAAAUGCUAAAAAAUAGUAUAGAGAAAAGAUACAGCACCGAAUUAGGAGAAUUUGACGAUGAUAAAGAAUGUGAGUGUUAUGACAAUGAUGCUAUUAAUGGCAUUUGCCCCUUAAAUGGGCUUUAUUGCGAUGGAUAUAGUUAUUACACAAACAACAAUGAUAAUAAUACGAAUAUGAAUCUAGACAAUUUUUACGAUUUAAAAAAUGAUAAAGAAGUGAACAACAAAAAUAUAGAUAAUAUUGAAAACUUAAAUAAAUGUAACGAAAGUGAUAAAUCUCCAAUUUUCGAGGUAAAAGAAAUUAAUCUUAGUAAUAGCAAUUUGACUAAAAUGAAUAGCAACAAAUCAGAUGCAACAACUAGCGCUACAAUUAUAGAACCUGUUUCUUUAGUUGAUCCUGGGGAUAGUAAUUUUCCAAGUAAUAUGAUUUCUAGUUCAUUUACAACUGCUACAAGUUAUUCAAAUUUUUAUAAUGAUAAAAAUAAGUUUGUAGAUCUUUCGUCAAACUUAGUCGCUCUCAAUACUGUAAUUGAAGAGGAUGAACUUUAUUUGUCCCCUAGUAAUUCAAAUGAUCUAGCAAUAAAAAAAUACAAAAAUACAAUAAAUAGAAACAAUUGCGACGAGGAGUUAUAUAAAGGAUGUUUUAAUGGUAUGAAUAGAGAUAUUGGUGUACAAAUUAAACAAGAAGGCAGCAUAAAUUCUGGAACACUUCAUAAUAGUGAUGAGAUAUCCCAUAACUAUAAUGAUAAUUCAAAAAGUAAAGAAUCUUUGUAUUUACAAAAUAUACAAGAAGUAUUAUACAAGGAAAUUAAUGUUUAUAAAGAUUUUUAUAAAAAUAAUAUUAAAGAUGAUUAUUCAAAAGAAAAUGAAAAUAAAAAUAGUGUAGAAAAUAUAUAUCAAUUUUUAAGAAAUAAUAUGUUUAUACCUAAUGAUAACAUAUAUACAAAUUUGAUGGAAAAUGGAAAUGAUGUAUUUUUAAAUAAACUUAAAAAAAGCGACAAAACUUCAUAUAAUAAAUUAAUGGGGAAAUUGGAUAUUAUGUAUAAUAUAAUAAAUGAAUUUAAAAAUAAUGUAAAAAGAAGAAAAUUAGAAAACGACAAUAAUACGAAUAAAUAUUACAAUGGUUCAACUGUUAAACAGAGAAAAAGAAGAUACAGUACCGAAGAAUAUGAUAUAGAAAAUGUAAAUACCGGAAAACGAUCUUCGAAAAGUUGCAAUUAUAAAAAAAAUCAAUUACCAAAGAGGAGCACACGAGUUUCAAAAGGAAAAAAAAUGGCAUAA